GUAUUAACAACUUCAGAAUUUCAUUAAAAAAAGAGAACAAAAAUAGCAAACCUCGAUUUCAGCAAGAAGACGACGAAGGAGGAGAAGUCUACGCGCCUGGUCUGGUCUUCCACCUUCUCUUCGCCGCGCUUUCGUCCCCCGAGGGUUUUGCUGUCAAAGCUUUCCAAGCUUCGUGCAUGGAACGACUCCCUCGAUCCCUCGCUUAAGUCUCCCUCUCUCUCUCUCUCUCUCUCUCUCUCUCUCAGAGCUCGCUAAAGACUAGAAACCCAGAAGCCCAGAGAGAGAGAGAAGCCGUCUGGAGCGACGAUGGGGAACUGCUGGGGAGAUCCGUCGGCCGCCACUUAUUCAUCGGACGCCGGCGACAAACGGCCUCCGUCCCUUUCAGAAAAGUGGAACAACAAUGACCACAACAAGCAUGACGCACUGCCGAGGAAAAAAGUCGGCGACGGCGGCAACAGCACCCAAAACGGUGCGCUCAAGAAUGGCGAUGGCAGCGGCGGCGGCGGCGGCGGCGGCGGCGGCGUGAAGAACGAGAAGAAGGCCCCAUUGCCGGCCCCCAACCCGAAGGCCCUGCUGCCCAACUUGAAGAUGUUCACGUUCGCGGAGCUGAAGAGCGCGACCCGGAACUUCCGGCCCGACACGGUGCUCGGGGAGGGCGGCUUCGGGAGGGUGUUCAAGGGCUGGGUCGAGGAGGGGACGUACAAGCCGUCGCGGGUCGGGGUCGGGAUACCGGUCGCCGUCAAGAAGUCGAGCCCCGAUAGCGCCCAGGGAUUGCAGGAAUGGCAGGCAGAAGUGAAGUUCUUGGGCAAAUAUUCACACCCGAACCUGGUCAGAUUGAUCGGCUACUGUUGGGAAGACGCGCAGUUCCUUCUCGUGUAUGAAUACAUGCAACAAGGCAGCUUGGAAGACCACCUCUUCAAAAAGGGCGCGGACCCGUUGCCCUGGGGCAUCCGGAUGAAGAUUGCAAUAGGUGCGGCACGGGGGCUCGCCUUCCUCCACACCUCGGAGAAAUCCGUGAUCUACCGCGAUUUCAAGGCCUCCAACAUUUUGCUAGAUUCGGAAUUCAAUGCAAAGCUUUCGGAUUUUGGGCUUGCAAAGUUGGGCCCAACUGAUGGCAACACCCACGUCUCCACUCGUAUAAUGGGCACCUACGGUUAUGCGGCCCCUGAAUAUAUCGCCACAGGACAUCUCUACAUAAACAGCGACGUGUACGGCUUCGGAGUGGUGCUCCUGGAAUUGCUGACGGGCCUACAGGCCCUGGACUCGAAGCGGCCCAGCAGCCAGCACAAUCUGCUGGAAUGGGCCAAGCCGUCCUUGUCCGAGAAGAGGAAGCUCAAGAAGAUCGUCGACCCGAGGCUCAACAACGAGUACCCGUUGAAAGCCGCGGCCCGGGCGGCCGAGCUCAUCCUCAAGUGCCUCGAGAGCGACCAGCGGAAACGCCCCUCUAUGGAGCACGUCUUGGCGACCCUGGAGAUAAUCAACACGAUCAAGUCGAAGCCCAAGGAAGCCCGGCCUCGGUCGGAGGACCUCACGACGAGAGCCAGCGACGCACGGUCACCGUCGCACGACCGCCACCGCCGCUGCCAACACCACCACCACCACCCCCACCGAUCUCCGAUGCACCACCGGGAAGGCCGCGAGGGCGGGCUCUCAUCGAUGAGAUCUCUCUAGAUGUGGAGAGAGCGAAAGCAAAUGUACUAAUUUUGGCGUCACUUGUAUUCGAUCUCUGUAGAGGUGUAGUUUAGCGCGUGCCGAGUCAUGUCAGCUGUGCAAUAAAGUGAUCCGAUGAAUACUUACAUGUAUAGCGAAACGAUUGGCGGCUCCUGUCUCUCCCUAGCAAGAAAAGGCUCCGCCCUCUUAAAUAGAAACUUCGGAUCCACUCGGAGCAAUCGAGCUCAUCUUUG